CCAUGAGAGCCCCCCUGGUCGCCCUCCUGCUCCUGCUCUGUGCCCACCUCGGGGCCGCCCUGGUCCGACGGGAGGCCCCCGAGGGUGACACCCCCGAAGCCGCCCCCGAAGCCACCGACUUCUUCAGCCGCCACUUCCAGUCCCUGAGCGACUUCAUGACCCGGGAGCUGCCCCAGAAGCUGCAGGCGGAGCAGCUCCGCAGCCAGGCCGAGCAGUACCUGGACAGGGCCAACAAGCAGCUGGCACCGCUGGCACAGGAGCUGAAGAGCAACGUCCUGGGGCUCUUCUCGUCCCUGCUGGACCUGGGCAAGAGCGAGGGGCAGGCCUGAGGGCCGAGACCACCGGGCACGGCCCCCAAUAAAGCCCUGAGCCCGUAAAUGGGACCCCCGAAUACAUCACUGAACCCUUCGGGCAAUGGACCCCCAAUAAAGCCCUGAGCCCACCACUGUGGCAUUGUGCUCCCCAAUAAAAGCCUGAGCCCCUC